AUGUCCGAAACCCCGUUGUUCAAGCCUGAGAAGGACUACACCAAAGACGCGGACAAAAUCCUCCCGGAAGCGAUAGCCUUAGCAAAGAAAGAUGUUCAAAAAGGCAUUGAUAAGAUUCUUCUUCUUGAGAAACAAGCUAGACAGUCCUCAGAUCUUGCCACCACAUCAAGAUGUUUAGAAACAAUUGUCACAAUCUGCAAAGAUGCCAGCGACUGGAGUUUACUCAACGAACAAGUCCUCCUUCUAUCCAAGAAACAUGGUCAACUCAAGCAAGCCAUCACCAAAAUGGUCCAGAUUGUCAUGGGCUUCCUCGAUGAUACUCCCAACCUAGACAUAAAGCUCAGCGUUAUCGAAGCAUUGCGGACGGUUACCGAGGGCAAGAUCUUCGUCGAAGUCGAGCGCGCACGUAUCACACGGAUACUAUCGGACAUCAAAAAAGAGCAAGGAGACAUCAAGGCUGCAGCGGACAUUCUUACGGAGCUUCAAGUCGAGACAUUUGGUUCAAUGAGCAGAAGAGAGAAGACAGAAUUCAUUCUCGAACAGGUGGCCUUGUGUAUACAAAACGACGAUUGGGUCCAAGCCGGUAUCCUGAGCCGAAAGAUUAGCACCCGUUAUUUCGCACGAAAGCCUAAAAAGACCUCCGAGCAGAUUGAGAAGGACAGGAAGGCGCGGGAAGAGAAGGAAAAGAAUCGCUCAGCAGACGAGCCACCGCCAGAGAAAGAUGAUGAUGUGACAGAUCUGAAACUGAGAUACUACGAGCAACAAAUCACGCUUGCCAAACACGAGGACAAGUAUCUUGAUGUGUGCAAGCACUAUCGACAAGUUCUCGACACAGAGUCAGUUGAGAACAACCCAGAACAACUCCAUGCAGUCCUGCAACGAGUCAUCUACUUCGUCCUUCUUGCGCCGUACGACAAUGAACAAUCCGACCUCCUGCACCGGAUACAGCUGGACAGUCGGAACGCCGAAAUUGCCAAGGACGCCGCUCUCCUGAAACAAUUCACCAUCCCAGAACUCAUGCGCUGGCCCAUGGUAGAAGAACAAUACGGAGAGCACCUGACCAACACCGACAUCUUUUCAAAGACCACCGAGCCAACGGAUCCAAAAGCACACACUCGAUACGAAGCCCUGAGACACAGAGUCAUCGAACACAAUGUGCGCGUGGUGGCGAAAUACUACACCCGAAUCACGUUCCCCCGGCUGACCCAGCUGCUCGACCUUUCGGAAGAAGAGACGGAGAAGUACAUAUCAGACCUGGUGACGAAGAAGACGGUGUAUGCGAGGAUCGACCGCCCUGCGCGGGUCGUUAAUUUCGAGGUCAAGCGUGGUCCGGACGAGGUGCUUGACGAAUGGGGCAGCAGCAUGAAGGGGCUUCUUGGGCUGCUGGAGCGUGUAGGACAUCUCAUGCAAAGAGAGGAGAUGAUGGCUCGUAUCCAACCUGGCACCAAGGAAGAAGGGCGAAAGAGCGCCAAGGCAUAG